AUGUCGAGCAUUGGUUUUGGUAUUCGGGCUUCGACAUAUAUGAGUCAUCUUAACCAUAGGUUACCGACUGCUGCGUUUGAAGAUUUAGGAUCUGGUGGAGCUGCUUCAUAUUUUGGGUUACGUCGGAUGUUUAGUUACCUAACAUUUGGUCACAUCGACGAUGUGAGAUUUGAUCCGAUAACACAUUUGAAAUUCAGAGGCUCGUUUGGUUAUCAGUUGGGAGAUUCUGAUUUUGUUCUGAGCAGGAUUUCUAUAUAUAUAGAACGAUUGGAAGAGGGAAUUAAGCAGCGAAGGGGAUAUUUAGAGCACAGAAAAGAGAGAGAUCGACAGCUGAAGGAGACACCGAGCUGGGCAGUGGCGCUAGUGUGCUUGGUGAUGGUGGUCAUAUCUAUGCUUAUGGAGCACGGGAUUCAUAAACUUGAUUCCCAACAUCAUAAACAUCAUAAUAAGGCUAUGAGUGAAGCUUUGGAGAAGAUCAAAGCAGAGUUGAUGCUUUUGGGCUUCAUAUCCCUGCUUCUCACUCUUGGACAAGAUCAAAUUUCUAAAAUAUGCAUCCCCGCUAAAGCUGGGAAUGUUAUGCUCCCAUGUAAACAGUCCGACAAUUGCUGCCAUGAUGACAAUAAUAACAGGAGAAAAUUACUCUCGUGCGAUGAUGAAGGACACUGGCGCCGUGUUCUAGCAGAAGCAGUGAUAGAUCAUUGCUCCAAGUAUAACGAUAAAGUGCCAUUGAUCUCAAAAAAAGGAAUGCAUCAGUUGCAUAUUUUCAUCUUUGUAGUUGCCAUAUUCCAUGUUCUCUAUAGUGUUCUCACCAUGGCUUUAGGAAAAGCAAAAAUAAAGAAAUGGAAGGCUUGGGAAGCUGAGACUGCCUCACUAAAAUAUCAAUUUACUAAUGAUCCCGCUAGGUUUAGGUUUUCUCAUCAAACUUCUUUUGUGAAGCGCCAUUUCGGCAUGUCUAGCACUCCGGGCAUAAGAUGGAUAUUAGCAUAUUUCAGACAAUUCUUUGCUUCAGUGACAAAGGUGGACUACUUGACAAUGUGCCAUGGUUUUAUCAAUGCUCAUUUAUCUCCAAAUAGCAAAUUUGAUUUUCACAAAUAUAUAAAGAGGUCUCUAGAAUACGACUUCAAGAUCAUUGUUGGCAUCAGCUUCACAGAAUGGCUUAUGGCAAUCAACAUGAUGUUACUUGAUGUAUAUAAAUGCUAUGUACUUGUAUGGAUAUCCUUUGUGCCACUUACAGUCCUUCUGCUGGUUGGUAUGAAACUGGAAAUUAUCAUCAUGGAGAUGGCUCAUCAAAUCCAAAACAAAACAACUGUCAUCAAGGGAGCUCUAGUUGUUGAACCAAGUAACUCAUAUUUUUGGUUCAAUAACCCCAAGUGGAUCCUUUUCCUAAUACAGCUGACCUUAUUUCAGAACGCAUUCCAGGUGGCACACUUUUUGUGGAUAUGGUAUCCAUUUGGCUUGAAAUAUUGCUUUCAUGGUAAUCUCCCCAUUAGCAUAGCAAAGAUUGCAAUGGGAAUUGGUCUUCAAAUCAUGUGUAGCUAUAUCACCUUCCCAAUUUAUGCCUUGGUGACACAAGUGGGUUCCCACAUGAAGAAGACUAUUUUUGAAGAACAAACUGUGAAAGCUCUACUCAAGUGGCGAGAAACCGCAAGAAGAAGAAAAAAGCUUAAAGGUACCAGAUCAGAUGUUCCUUCAGGAUACGCAAGAGGAGAAAAUACACCUAGCAGAGGAUCAUCGUCUGUACAUUUGCUUCACAAGUACAAGUCAAGUUCAGCAGACGCAGAAAGCUCCUCAAACUCACCUAAGGUUUUACCACUCAGAUAA